UGCGUCAGGGGACAUUUUACGACGACGGACCAAACAGAAACGCGCACGAGCAAGCUAACUUCGGCUUUUAUUUUCAAAUAUUUACCCCUAUUUCUGCGUUAUUUGAUGUGGUAAAUAACUUUAACUUUAAUUUAACAAUUUGUGGGUUUAAAUUUUUUAAAGAAGCUAAAACAAACGAGUCAUUUUGCCUCACAAAUAGUUAUUUGACCUUCUUGUUUGUUAGUGCUCAAAUGUUGGAACUUCUUCAUACAAAAUUUUUGUAACUGAAACAUUUUGCUGGUACAUUUGUUUAAUCGGAGCCGCAAACAUAAGCAUGGAGAGUUUAAAAUAACUUUGGUUAAAUGUUGCUGAGUCAUGUUUCAAGUGUGGUAGUCCUACAGAGCAGCAUGUCUGCCCUCGUGACAGGGGAGCUCAUGAGGUUGACCCUGCGCGCCUGUCGCCCCUCGUUUCUAUGGCAACAGAGGCGUUUCCUGGCAUCUGCGCCCUGUAAAGUCGCAUCAUCUUAUGAACAGCGCACCAAAAGCUCUUGGGGUUCUGCGCCUCUUUCCUGGCACGCGGGUAGAACUGUUAGGUUCCGUUGUCAUGACGGCGGCAGGCGCAGCAGGGAGCUGGAGGGAACCGAACACUCCGCAUCCCCGCCCGACUCCGACGGGACGGCCUCAGAUGAGAGGCACAGGGGGGCUGGAUUCCAGGAGCUCCUGCAGUCCUGCAGCUCCCCUUCAGACGUGCUGGACCUCACCUGUAAACACCCCCCCACGGUCCGGCAGGUCAGCCACUGCCUGGCCCACAUGUGGUCGUCCACCAAAAAGAUGUCGGAGGAGCAGCGGCGGUACGAGCUCCGGCUGACGUUCCAGCACCCGGAGUUUGACAAGCUUCUCCACCGAGCGAUGGGAUCUGCGGCGGGCAUGCACCACGCCAACUUGGCCUACACUCUCCUGAGCGCGGUCAGUCUGGGCGUUCCUGAGCGCAGUCGUGUGGUCCAGACUCUGCUGCGUACCUGCCAGGAAAAGCUGAACGACUUUGAUGAGAAGAGUUUGUCCAUUUUGGCCUCCUGUUUGGAGCAGAUGGACAGCAGUCCCAACGUCGACGCGCUGAAAGAGGGCAUGAGGUUGGUGGUUGAAGUCCAGCUUCCCCGGAUCAAGGGGGUUGUUGCUCUGCAGACCAUGAUGCGCCUGCUGGGAAAAGAUGCCCCACAAGAGCUCAAAUCAAAGCUGGAGCUGAAAGCCUUGUCGAUGGCGCACAAGUUCACCCUUCCUAACGCCCAAUACAUGAUCUUUACCAUGGCGACCAUGGGUUUCUAUUCCAAACCCCUCCUGCAGGUCUGCAGCAAGAAAAUCCUGGACGACCUUCACGGCAUCCCAUUCAACCCGCUAUACCGAGUCCUCCUGUCCUGUAGGGAGCUGUCCUACAGAGACACCGUCCUCUUCACGGGGAUUUCUGACUACAUCGCCUCCAAUUUGGACCUUUGGAGCAACAAACAGUUGCUCCUCUUCCUGUCUGCGUUUGAGAACGCCACCUUCGCCCCCGCUGCCCUCAUGGAGGCCUACGCGGAGAAGGUGAUCGCCGACCCGGACGCCCUGACUCUCCGAGAUCUGCUGUGUGUGGUCAAGGUGUACUCCUACCUGAACUUUGACCUGCAGCAUCGCAGAAACCCGUUUCUGGAGAGCGUCAGCCGUGCGUUGGACUCGUAUCUGCCCCGGAUGUCGGGGCUGGAGUUGUUAAAGUCUGCGUACUGUCUGUGCCUGAUGGGUCAUUUCCCGCCGGCGCUCCUGGAGCGGCUCCUGCAGAGGAGCGCGGCUGAGCGUCCCUCUUCAGAUCCAAACCUCCGCAGGGCCUGGGAGAAAAUGUUUCAGACGGUGGACCUGUGCCUUCGUCUUGACAGUCCUCCUCUUCCUCUGCCCCUCUCCGUUCCCGAGUCCGUUCUGGGGAACCCCGACCCCAGUCCGGAGGUGAACCCGCGACUGUCCCGGAGUCUGAGGAGCGCGCUGGGAGACGGGGCCGAGGCGGCGCUCCAGGAGACGGUGCUUUUGGAGAAAUUUUACACCAUAGACGCCGUGGUAACCACGCCAGCAGAGAGCAGUCAAAGAACUGCGGUCAUCUACGUGCCAAAUUCUGGCUUUUGCUUUGGGACGUCCCGCCUUCGCGGCUCCCUCGCCGUCAAAAUCCGUCACCUGAAGAUCCUGGGAUACACUCCAGUCCUGGUCACGGAGCAGGAUCUACGCUGUGAGGAGGAGGCGGCCGACAUCCUCCGACGCCGCAUUUUCUCGGAACCGUCGACGUCAGAGGAACCUUAAAGACUCAUCGUUUUAGAUUUUUAUUGUUUUAACAUUGAAUGGGUGAUCAUUAAAGCGCCAAAGCAUGAGUUUGACUCUCA